UUAUUUGCAGCGACGGAUCCCUCCACCGCUCGCUUACUGUUUACUACUACUAAGCAUAGUUUAUUACUGUACUUAGCAGUAUUAACCCAUCCAGCUCGGAUGAGCUGUAGCUGUAGUGCACCCCUCCAAAAUCCAAACAAACAAUCCAGCUCAGGCUGUUGCUGCGGCCAUGGCAACCUGCUGCUGCGCCUCGUCCUCCCACGGCCGCCUCCUCACCUUCUCCAGCAGCAGCAGAAGCCCCGCUCGCCUCCGCCUCAUCUGCCCCUCCGCCCCUCUGCGCCUGAGGCUCUCUUCUUCUUCUUCUUCUUCUUCUUCUUCGUCCCGAGCCCCCCACCCCCAGAGGCUCUCUUGCUCUUCUUCCCAAGAACCGGCCCCGGUCGACGUCGCCGACGACGACUGCUCCGCGGCCGACCAGCGGAUUGGCUUCGAGAUCCAGGUAUCCAAGAUCGGGAAGCGGAACCGGCGCCUCGUGCGCGCCAGGGUGCGCGUCGACGCGCCACUGGAGGCAGUCUGGGCCACGCUCACAGACUACGAGGGCCUCGCCGACUUCAUCCCCGGUCUCUCCGAGUGCCGACUCCUCGACCAAGCCCAAGGCUUCGCGCGCCUCUACCAGGUCGGGGAGCAGGAUCUGGCGCUGGGGUUCAAGUUCAACGCCAAGGGCACUAUCGACUGCUACGAGGGGGACUUGGAGUCGCUCCCCGACGCCCAGGGGAACGCGCGCAGGAGGGAGAUCGCCUUCAACAUGAUCGACGGCGAUUUCAAGGUCUUCCAGGGGAAAUGGUCCGUCCAGGAGAGUGUGGAGCAAGAGCAAGGUGGAGGAGAUUCAGAUGAGGGUCAGGAAUCCCAGACGACGACACUGUCCUACCUGGUUGAGCUGGAGCCCAAGCUGUGGGUUCCGGUCAGGCUACUCGAAGGAAGGAUCUGCAGUGAGAUCAAGAACAACCUUAUUUCCAUAAGAGAACAAGCGCAGAGGAGGAUCAUCAGCACGAGUGAUCACUAGAGACCCUUCCUGAAGGACAAGUCCUUGGGUGAUUGGUAACGGUGUGCUUCCUAAGAAAGCAGAGGUCAUUGUUUUGGUCUGGAUUGUGAAAGUGGAAUGGAUUGUGGCAAGUGUUACACAGGACAGGAGGGCGGAUGGCAUUGCUCAAGGAUGAGCCUCACAUGCUUUGGUGAGUGGUCGAUUGAUCAUGCCUCUCUUAUGGCAAUUGGAUGCCCCUCCUAUGAAAAGAAAAGGGAAGGAGGCAUUUUGUGGUUGCAGGAGCUCUAACAAAAGUAGAAAUUUCAGUGCACACAACACAAUGUAACAGAAAGCGUUGACAGUGCAAUUCCUUCAUGUAAUUAAUCAAGUUGUUGUUGUUGGCAGAAAAUUUGAUGAUAAUUGUUUGUACCCGUGUGGUGUGGUCAACGCACACACGCAGUCAAAGUCCUCAGUCGGCCCCUUCCUUGUUCCCUUGGUCACCACCACCACCACCUGCUCGACCAAAUGCCCCAACCGACUGCUCAUCUACGAUGCCGUUCCUCAGGGACAUGGAAAGGUCAGGAGUGGAGUGACUCCAGACGCCAUGGCAUACCCACAUACGGUAGCUUCCAAGCAAACUCAUUCCAGACAGAGUGCCCGCGAUAUUGAUAAUGGAGGCAGGUAUCAGGUAUCCUCCAAUUCCAUCAUCUCCGGCCUCUGCUGUCGAACGAGGAGGGCUGACCGCCGCUCGGAACUCCGAUCCGGCGAUUCGAUUGAAGCAGAGGACGAGGAGUGGAGAGCCGCUGCUGGGCGACGAGCCGGGACGGAAGGCGACGCCGGAGAUAGACGGAGAGAGCGCCGCGCCAGGCUAGGGGGGUACCUUUGAGAUUCCCAUCAAAAUUAGGGGUCUAUAUGUAAAUAUUUGGAUCGCGAUUAUUAAUCAUCGCCUCGCAAGAGCCGGCCGCGCGUUCCGCUUCCACGUCCA